AUGCACCUGACAAACCGCAUCCUACCUCAUUCUUUCUUGAGCCGCAACUUGAGUGACAAAAAGGUUCUUCGUAUACCCGAUCUACUAAAGGUGGUCAAGGCACCAUCCUUCGAGCUCCCCGAGGAGAUUGAUACGGACUUUGUCGUGUUUGGGAUACUUGCAUCGAAGUCUGAUCCGAGGCAGAUCAAGACCCCAGCAAACAGCACCAAGAAGGAGGUAGACCCCUACGACGAGGGACGCAAUAAUACCGAUAAAUAUCUGGUCUUGACCCUGACCGAUCUGAAAUGGACUAUCGAUGUCUUUCUUUUUGAAACCGCGUACACUCGCUACUACAAAAUGUCAGAGGGAACACUCGUUGCGAUUCUGAACCCUACGAUAAUGCCUCCACCAAAGCAUAAGUUGGAUACAAACCGAUUCAGUUUGUCUUUGAAUUCUUCAGACGAUAAAAUUUUGGAGAUUGGCUAUGCUCGGGACAUUGGCUACUGCAAGGCCGUACGGAAGGAUGGCAAGAAUUGCCAAUCCUGGCUGGAUGCGCGGAAAACUGAAUUUUGUGAAUUUCACGUUGACAUUCAAGUGCGGCGCACUCAGGGCAAGCGCAUGGGAGUCAACUCCAACACGGGUUAUGGCCCCGGUGGUCGAUCUGGCUCACGGAUCAUAGACGCGGCGGAUAAUUGCAGUGGUCCGAACCCUACGAGCUAUCGAAGAUCUUCGACGGUUCGAGAUCCUGGCUCCAAGAAAGACUCGAAAAACCCUGGCGCCCAGUAUGAUGGAGAAUCUCAGUCACUCUAUUACGUGGCGCCGGCUGCCAAUCGCGGUAAUCGCACAUCAUACCAUCAUGGCGCUGCGAACGGAUCGGCGGCAGCCCUGAUUGACGCUCAUGACGACCCAUUCCUUGCUUCGGGCAUGAUAGGGCGCGGCCAGGAGAGCAAGGAACAACGAAUGCGGCGACGCUUGGCCACUCAGAAGCGUGAACUUGACAUCACACGCAGGCUUGUCACAACUCGUGCUGGCCCUGGUGCAGAUUAUCUUCGAACCCGAACUGGUAACGAGACUUCUCAAAAAGGCGAGACGCCAAGCACACCAAAGUCUCAACCCACAGAUCAUGGUUUCAACCUUUCUACCCUGGGCAUGGCAAAGAAUGUUCGGUUGAGCCCCCAGAAGCGUGCUCAUGGCAAACCACAUGGAAGCGGCGUCAAAAAAACUCGGUUCAUCACAUCAAAGGGGAUUAGAGAGGCUGGGCGGGAAAGCUUAGGAGCUGGAGCUGAGGCAGCCCAGGGAGGAAGACGGGUUUUGUCAGAUGAUGACGAUGAUGAACUGGAUAUCAUUUGA